UUUCUUUGCAAAUCAUGGGUAAGGUUAAUAUUUGCUAAUCAAGGGCAUUUAUUUUACUGUGUUAGUUGAUUAAUGAUUUUGAGGCUAAAUAUUUUGAAAUUGUGUCUAAACUAUUAGAUACUCUCUCAAGUAACACUUCAUAUGAAGGCAAAAUUGCUGGAUUGUACGACUUAGGGCAGACUCUUGGGUCUGGUCAUUUUGCAGUAGUAAAAGUAGCAAGGCAUGUAUUUACUGGGGAAAAAGUUGCAGUAAAAGUUAUAGACAAAACAAAACUUGAUGAUGUUUCCAAAGAACAUUUAUUUCAAGAAGUGAGAUGUAUGAAGAUGGUUCAGCACCCCAACGUUAUUAAGUUGUAUGAAGUAAUAGAUACACAAACAAAGUUAUAUUUGGUGUUAGAACUAGCCGAUGGUGGAGAUCUAUAUGAUUAUAUAAUGAGGCAUGAAUCUGGAUUGUCUGAAAAUACUGCAAGAUUAUAUUUCCGACAAAUAGUUCGAGCCAUUUCAUAUUGUCACAAAUUACAUGUUGUUCAUAGAGAUUUAAAACCUGAAAAUGUUGUAUUUUUCGAGCAAGAAAAAAUUGUUAAGAUUACCGAUUUCGGCUUUAGUAAUAAAUUUGACCCUGGUCAGAAGCUUCGCACUUCUUGUGGAAGUUUAGCUUACUCUGCCCCAGAAAUACUAUUAGGCGAUUUUUAUGACGCUCCUGCAGUAGAUGUAUGGUCAUUAGGUGUCAUACUUUACAUGCUAGUCUGUGGAAAGCCCCCUUUUCACGAAGCCAGUGAUUCCGAAACUUUAACCAUGAUUAUGGACUGUAAAUACACUCUGCCUCAUUAUUUAUCACCUUCUUGUCAAAGCUUGAUUAAAAAGGUGUUGAUCAGAGAGCCCGAAAAACGAAUAUCAUUGGAAGAAUUAUCUAAGAGUGCGUGGAUGCAAGAAGAUGCGCUUUUCGAAGAAGAUCUGGUCCCCUUAGUGUGUAGACAAAAUGUUAAAAUUGAAGAACAAAAUGAUAUUAUUCAUCAAAUGGUAUUGGGCAAAAUUGCAACAAAAGAAUCAAUAUUGAAUGCAUUGGAAAAAAAUGAAUACAACUAUAUAACGGCUACAUAUUAUCUUUUUGCUGAGCAAAAAAUGAGGAAAGAAAAACAGAAAAAACAUGAUAAGAAACCGGUAGCAUUGAAACAUAAUGUUAAAAAACACAGGCAACAGUUUUAUGAGCAUGGUGCGUUGUUAGAGCCACCAAGUCAAUUAGAACUAGAUACUGGUGGUUCGAAUUUCAAGAUCAAUCGAAACAGAAAGUGUAGCAUUGUCCAAGAAGAAGAGUCAACCGAAUUAUCAUCUGAGCGCCUAAGUGAAAGCACAUCCCAACGUAGAGGAUCGCGAUCUGAAGGGAGAUUGUGUUCUCUUCUGAAGCCACCUUACGGAAUAACCAAACUAGAAAACUAUAAUUUAUCUAAAGAAAGUGACAAACAAUGUUCUGACACUUCAGAAGAUGAAACGACCAAAAAUAGUAAAUCUAACUUAACCAGUUGCAGUUCCUUAAAAUAUGAAUGUAGGCGAGACUCAAGUGAUUCUAGUGACUCACAGGAUAUGCAUAAAACAAAAACAUCUGAGGUUUUCUCAAAGACUUUUAAGCACAGUCAUAUAAAUAGCAGUUCAAACAAAUACAGAAACUAUGAUAAGAAAGUUUCCACAGAUAAUUCACAAAAAUUAAGUGAAUUGCAAGUUAGAAAAGAUUUGGAUAAGAAUUUCGAGUCAAAUAAAAGUAGUAAAAAUAUUAAUUCCAAAAUUAUAUCCAAAAAUAAAGAUAAUAAAAUCGACAUAGUACAAGUUUAAUAGAAUUUAAACAAAAAUAAAUAACAUUACAAAAUUCUUAAAUUAAUUUUGUUGGAUCUCAUUACUGUAGUUUAAAAUGUUGCACAAAAUAAAAUA